UAAUCAAUUAAUCAUCCAUAGCAAUAUAGCAUCCACGACAUGGCUAGCGAAGGAGAUCUCUUAUCCACUGAAAUUGUCAACCGUGGGAUCGAGUCCUCAGGGCCCAACGCCGGCUCCCAAACGUUCUCCGUAAGGGUCCGGAGACGGCUGCCGGACUUUCUCCAGUCCGUCAACCUCAAGUAUGUGAAACUGGGCUACCACUAUCUCAUCAACCACGGCAUAUACUUGGCCACCAUACCCGUGCUGGUGCUCGUGUUUAGCGCCGAGGUUGGGAGUCUGAGUAAGGAAGAACUGUGGAGGAAGCUCUGGGAAGAUGCGCGCUACGAUCUUGCGACCGUGCUUGGUUUCUUUGGUUUGUUUGUUUUCACACUUUCCGUCUACUUUAUGUCACGCCCGCGCUCCGUCUACCUUGUUGAUUUCGCCUGUUAUCGCCCUCACGACGAUCAAAAGGUGUCGAAGAAGGAGUUCAUCGAGCUGGCUCGAAAAUCAGGCAAGUUUGACGAGGAAAGCCUGGAAUUUCAGAAGAGAAUUCUAGAGUCAUCAGGCAUAGGCGAUGAAACCUACAUCCCAAAAUCAGUGAUCAUGUCCACUGAAAACUGCGCAACCAUGAAAGAAGGUCGGGCGGAGGCCUCAACGGUGAUGUUUGGAGCCCUGGACGAGCUAUUCGAGAAAACCGGAGUCCGUCCAAAGGACAUCGGAGUCUUGGUAGUGAACUGCAGCAUCUUUAACCCCACGCCAUCGCUGUCGGCGAUGAUAAUAAAUCACUACAAGAUGAGGGGAAACAUCCUGAGCUACAACCUCGGCGGGAUGGGCUGCAGCGCCGGGAUCAUAGGGGUGGACUUGGCGAGGGACAUGCUUCAAUCGAACCCUAACAACUGUGCUGUGGUGGUGAGCGCGGAGAUGGUGGGGUAUAACUGGUACCAGGGCCGUGAAAAGUCGAUGCUCAUUCCCAACUGUUUCUUCCGCAUGGGAUGCUCCGCCGUCCUCCUCUCCAACCGCCGCCGUGACCACCGUCGUGCCAAGUACCGCCUCGAACACGUUGUUCGCACCCAUAAAGGAGCCGAUGACCGCAGCUUGAGGAGCGUUUACCAGGAGGAAGACGCACAACGAUUCAAGGGGCUAAGGGUGAGCAAGGACCUUUUGGAAAUUGGAGGCGACGCUCUCAAAACCAACAUCACCACGCUCGGGCCUCUGGUUCUUCCCUUCUCGGAGCAGCUCUUCUUCUUUGCGACGCUGGUUUGGAGGCACUUGUUCGGCGGCAAACAGGCUGCGGCGGGCUCACAGGCUGCGUCGUCGAACAAGCCAUACAUUCCGGACUACAAGCUGGCAUUCGAGCACUUCUGCGUGCAUGCGGCGAGCAAGAGGGUGCUGGACGAGCUACAAAGAAACCUGGAGCUGAGCGAGAAGAACAUGGAAGCUUCGAGGAUGACGCUGCAGCGGUUCGGGAACACCUCCAGUAGCAGUAUAUGGUACGAGUUGGCGUAUUUGGAAGCCAAAGAGAGGGUGGGGAAAGGGGACCGGGUUUGGCAGCUGGCAUUUGGGUCCGGGUUCAAGUGCAACAGCGUCGUUUGGCGGUCGAUGCGCCGUAUUAGUAAGCCUACUAGGAAUAAUCCUUGGCUCGAUUGAUGCUCCAUCAUACGUACUCUCUAGUGUCUGUGAAUGCUGCUCUCUCUCUCUCUCUCUUUCUGUAGAACUAAUUAAGGCUGGUCAUGAGCUAAGGAGCAUUAAUGAUGGACUAGUACUCGCUACUUUUUUUUUUUUAUUUUUUUUUUCUCUUUUAUUAAGAAAUAUUUCUGGUAAUUUGGCGUAUGUUUUUGCCGGCUCCUUUGUGAAAUAAAGUGCUAUUAGAAAAAAAAUAAAAAAUUUCACUUAAUU